CUCCUCACUCAACCCUCUCACUCCCCCCUCCCCGGCUGGAGUAGAUCGCCUGCACCACCUUCACUCGCCCGCCGAUUGUUUCCGUCUGUAUAAUCCUACUGCUUCUUAUAUUGCCUUCCAACGCCACUGCUUCAUCUCUCUGCUGCUGUAGAUUUCCGUUGAAAUUCGUCGAAAAUUCCUGUCACGUCAACGCCAAUCUUCCCCGUCAACUGAUCCAGAGUUGCUUCACAUUUUCUCAGUUUCGUGAACUCCGCGUACUGAAUUUCAGAUUGCGUGGAACUUAUUUCCGACCUAGAGCUUAGGUUUUUCGCUGAAUCGAAGUGAUUCGAGCCCGGUGGUGUUGAGACGACGAUGGCGGACUCGGAUAACGAUUCCGGAGGGGGGCAGAACGCUGGAGCUAAUGCAAACAGCAGCGAAUUGUCACCGCGAGAGCAGGACCGGUUCCUACCGAUAGCGAACGUGAGCAGGAUCAUGAAGAAGGCGCUACCGGCGAAUGCGAAGAUCUCAAAGGACGCGAAGGAGACGGUACAGGAGUGCGUAUCGGAGUUCAUCAGCUUCAUCACCGGAGAGGCCUCCGAUAAGUGCCAGAGGGAGAAGCGGAAGACCAUAAACGGGGACGACUUACUGUGGGCGAUGACCACGCUGGGAUUUGAGGACUACGUGGAGCCACUGAAGAUUUACUUGCAGAGGUUCAGGGAGAUGGAGGGAGAGAAAAGCGUGGUGGCGGCGCGUGACAAAGAAGGAGGCGGCGCGUCGAAUAGUGCAUUCGACGGCAGUGGCGGGGUGUACGGGGGCAGCGGAGGUGGAAUGGGAAUGAUGAUGCAUCAGGGACACGUGUACGGCUCUGGUGGGUUUCAUCAAAUGGGCGUGAGUGGUGGUCCUGUUAUGGGCAAGAGUGGGCCACCUUAUCCGGGUCCUGGAUCAAAUACGGGUAGACCCAGAUAGAUCAUGGUGUGAGUAGAUUAUAACAUUCUAAUACUAGCCUAAAUUUUAGAGUUACUCUAGGUAUUUUAGAACCUUCUUUGAUUGAUAAAUUUAUUAAUCGUUAGAUUAAAAUCAUUAAUAAAGCAAAGAAGAAGAAGAAAGAAUCCAAUGAUUAAUAAAUACGUCAAUUUGAGAUAGUGUAUUAAGACUGAUUCUAAUAUUUGGGGUGAUUUGGCAUCAUGUAAAGACAAAAUAUCUUAUAGUUCCUCCCCGUAACUCUUGUUUGCUCGCUCGCUCUCUUUUUAACCCUUGAGCCAUUAGCCCAUAACUUCUGUAUUUAUAUUAACGUGUUUGGGGUUGUUUGAUAUUCUUUUGUUGGCUAGCUUAUGAGUUAUGACCUUUAUGUUUCAUUUUGUUUAUUAUUAUUAUUAUUAUUAUUAUUGUGC